GUUUUACAAAAUUUAAACACGAGAGAGAAGCAAUAUCCAUCUAGGGUUUCUCAUUUUACUUUUCUCAUUCUCGUUCUCUUUUUCGCUUUCGCAAGCUCUUCUGAAUUCGCAAGCUAUGGAAUCUCCCGGUAACGAGCAUGUGGUGGGUGCCGCUGACCCCAACGACGUCGUUACACCUUUCUCCCACAGAGAAGAACCCCACAAUUCCCAACCCCUCACCGGCGACGGUGCCAGUCCCGGAAAGAUAUUUAUAGGUGGUUUAGCGAGAGAAACGACCAUUGCUCAAUUCAUCAAGCACUUUGGGAAAUAUGGUGAGAUCACGGAUUCGGUCAUCAUGAAGGACCGGAAAACUGGGCAACCUCGUGGAUUCGGGUUUAUAACGUAUGCCGAUCCCUCGGUGGUUGAUAAAGUCAUUGAGGAUCCUCACGUCAUCAAUGGAAAACAAGUUGAGAUUAAGCGGACGAUACCAAGGGGAGCUGUUGGCUCUAAGGAUUUUAGGACAAAGAAAAUUUUUGUAGGUGGAAUUCCUUCAAAUGUGACUGAAGAUGAAUUCAGAGACUUCUUUACUCGCUAUGGUGAAGUAAAAGAUCACCAAAUAAUGCGGGACCACUCCACCAACAGAUCUCGUGGAUUUGGGUUUAUCACAUUUGAUUCUGAAGAAGCAGUUGAUGAUCUUCUAUCCAUGGGGAACAAAAUUGAAUUUGCUGGAGCUCAGGUGGAAAUCAAGAAGGCUGAACCAAAGAAGCCAAACUCUGCACCUCCAUCAUCCAAGCGCUACAAUGACUCAAGAUCUUCAUACGGUGGUGCUGGAUAUGGAGAUGCCUAUGAUGGAUUUGGUGGCAAUUUUGGAGUUGGGGGUGGUUAUAGAUCAGGUGGUGCUUAUGGUGGUGGUAGGGCUGGUGCUUAUGGUGCCUAUGGAAGUGAAUUUGGUGGUUAUGGAGGAUAUGCUGGUGCGAUGGGACCGUACAGAGGAGAUCCCUCCCUCAGUUAUGCUGGUCGAUAUGGUGGAAGCUUUAGUAGAGGGUAUGAUCUUGGUGGGUAUGGUGGACCUAGUGAGAAUUAUGGGGCAUAUGGUGGGGGUGGUGGUUCUUCUGGUGGUGCUGGUGCCGGUGCCUAUCAAAGUGGCUAUGAUGGCAGCCUAGGAGGUGGAUAUGGAGGGACUAGUGGUGGUCCCUUCUAUGGGAGCAGUAGAGGUGGUUAUGGUGCUGGCCGAUACCAUCCUUAUGGAAGAUAAGAUUGGAUACCGAGCAUUUGUAGUCUAGGACUAAUAUGUCUAGCAUCAAAGCAAGUUUGUAGUCUGUGUUUGGUUCAUCAGUUAGAUUACAUGUUUUCUUUUCAAAAGAGAAUUGCCAAGUAUGCUUUUAUUUAUCAGCACAACCAUUUCUUGGAAGUCUAAACAAAAUUUUCAUUUGAUCCCCUCUUUGAAGUCUUUUUUUUGUUCAUGUAAGCUGCAAAUUGUGCAGAUGCUUGUAUUCUCAAUGUUAUUGUUGCUUUGUACCAUUUCUUA